AUGUCCAAGAAAAUACCGGACACUUUUCAGCCGAAAAUCACGCGAAAUGAUCGUUUCGCUCAGAUGUCUCAGCAAGAGAAAAUUAUAGAGCAAAAGAAGAAAGAGAUUUUAGAGAAACUGGAGGCAAAACAAAAAGCUAACGCAGAAAACGCAAAGAAUGCUAAGAUUGCCAAAGAUAACAAAAGUACAACUAAGAAGGAAGAUACGAAAGCAGAGAUAAAUGUAUUCUCCAAUGACGGAUCUUUUCUUGAUCAGUUUAAACAAAUGAAAGACAAACGAUUGGAUUCUAAAUUAAAAUCAUUUAGGCAAAGGGAACACAGUUUUAGUGAUGACCAUAAUAAAAACAGAUAUAAACCAAAAAAAAGAUCACCAUCACCAAAGGAAAGACCUAAACCUAGAAUAUCACGUUUUGAUAAAACACCUAGUUAUGAACCUAAAAUUACUUUUAAUACAUCAUUUAGUUCCACAAUAACACAGCCACAGUAUGAAAUACAACCACCAAUAGCAAUAUUGCCACAAAAUGUAACGGGUCAACCUUUAUUAAAAAAUAUUGUGGUGCAACCUACUGUGGCUUAUCCAACAGUGAGUAAUGAGUCAAUUAUCACCGCCCCACCUGUUUUGAUAAAUGUACCACCACCACAAAUUGUACAGGGGCCUUUGGUAAUGCCACCUAACCAACAACAAGCUGUUUUGGUUCAAAAUCAAAUGGUUAGUUUACCUCCAAAUACGAUUUUAAAUACAUUACCACCGCCAAGUACGAUUUUGAAUACACCACCACCCCCAAAUAUGGCUGUCAGCGCCCCCCCAGUGUUGCCAGUGCCACCACCUGCAACAAUGUCUGUUUUAAGUACAGUGGAGUUAACAUCCAUACCACCACCUAGCCCUAUACAGGUUCAAAGUAUACCGCAGCCUGAACCUAUGAACACCAUGAAUAUCCCACACCCAGCACCCAUGCAGGUUCAAAACAUACCAACACCUGAACCUGUACAAUUAAAUGACAUACCAAAUCCAAGACCGAUGGAUGUACUAAGUAUACCUACACCAGGAGAAGAUAAUGUUAUGUCGGAUUUCAUCAAAAGUAUACCACCACCGAAUAAAUCCAUACCUCCACCAAGCCUACAAGACGUUCACCAAACUUCAUUGAACUUAUUACCCAGCAACAUUCUGCCCUUGGUUUCCACAGUACAAAACCUCCCCACUCAAAGCAUGCUGGUCAACGUACCCCCACCUCACCCCAUACAAAACACCUUCACCUCGAUUUCUGUCCCCCUACCGGUCACCGUGACAACCGUCGUCAACUCCAUCCCCUCUCUCAUGGCGCAACCGAUUCUGCCCCCUCCCGGCAUCAACGUGAACGUCUCGUGCCCGCCACCCAUGAUGACCAUGCUGCAACAGCCGCCGCCCCCUAUGUUUGUCACGCAACCACCGCCGCUGACCAAUCAGAUGCCGCCGAUGAACGUGCCGCCGCCCAACGCCAACUUGAUGUCCGGUUUUAUGCCGGGAUUGCGGGAUAUGAACGCAGUAUUUCCUCCAGGUACCCCUGAUUACGAGCAGAUGGCGUCUUUGGGACGCAUGGUGGCCGAGUGCGGAACCGGGAUUGAGGACGUCGUAAGACAGCGCAAAACCCAAGAUCCCAGUCUGUGGUUCCUGUUUCACAAAGAAUCCGCCGCCUACAGUCAAUAUCUGCAACUUAUCGAGAAGUUUAAGCGGGAAAAGGCGGCUCAGCCAGUCGACACGUCCGAACCAUACGAUCCCGAGAAGUCUUAUGACGAUAAUGUAGCUGGAGAAAAUGACUAUAUGGAAAAUCAAGGAAAUAAGCGCAAAAGAAAAAGCAGAUGGGGUGAUAAAGAUCCCAACAUUAAUCCUCCUCCAAUAAUCACUAUACCUGUUCAACCGCCUGCUCUUCAAACCGGAAGCAAAGUUAUGCUGUCAAAAAUAUCACGUACCGAUCCAGCAUUAGUACAGUACGCUGUCAACACGUUCGGAUCGGCGAAUUUAACUGAAGAAGAUUGGAAAAAGGCGGAAGAUCAUUACAAAAUAAACUUAUUGUACCAGGACAUGGUGAAGAAACGCGAAGAACUGGAAAGGCUUGAAGCACAAGGCAGAAAAAAAUAUGAUUAUGAUUCGGACGAGGAAAUUGACGGGGGCACAUGGGAGCACAGACUAAGAGAAAAAGAAAUGAUGGCAACUCAGCUAUGGGUGCAAGAACUCAAUAGACAAGCCGAAGGCAAACACCACAUAGGCGACUUUUUACCUCCCGACGAGUUCAAAAGAUUCAUGGAAAAAUCCAGCGCAGCCAAAGAAGGUCGCCAACUAAAUCUCUCUGAUUACAAAGACUUUAAAAUUAAGGAGGACAACAUCGGAUUUAAAAUGCUGCAAAAACUCGGAUGGACUGAAGGCACGGGCCUAGGACAGAGCGGAACUGGCAUCGUUGACCCAGUAAAUAAAGCCGCCAUGCGAGACCAAAACCAAGGUUUAGGGUUAAUCGAGUCAGAUGAAGAUAAUGGAGACGAAUACGAAUCGUACAGAAAAAGAAUGAUGUUGGCGUACAGAUUUAGACCUAAUCCAUUGAAUAAUCCAAGGAGACCAUAUUAUUGA